AUGAAAAUCUCUGGUAUCUCACUCUCUCUUAUUGUCUCACUGACACUCUCUCUCUCCCUCAUUUUAAUUCUCUCUCUCUCUCUCACUCUCUCAUUAUCUUACUCCGACAAUGAUUCUCUCACAUAUCCUCAAGACCUCUCUUAUUUUCCCAUCAUUCUUAUUUUCCCCCUCACUCUGUCUCAUUACCUCAGACACGUUGACAAAUAUCUCCUUCAUUUUCCAUCAUUCUCUCUCUCUCUCUAUCUCUCUCUCUCUUCUCCCGUUCUUAUUUUUUCUGAUUCCCUCUUUCUCUUUCAUUAUCUUACUCACACUCAUUCCCUCUUAAAUCCUCAAUCCUAUCUCUUUCUCUCACCCUCAUUAUCGCCCUCAGACACGCACUCUCUCUCUCUCUCUCACCCAUUAUUAUUCUCUCUCUCUUUCAUUAUCUUACUUAAACACUCUUUCUCUCUGACUUCCUCAAGAUCUUUCUUUCUUUUUCACCUUUCCCACUCACUCUGUCUCUCUCAUUAA